CUUCCUGCGUUCCUAUUGGCCGAGCGGCUUCGAGGCGCGCGUUUUGCUCAGUUCUCCUCCAGCGGGCGACGAGUGAGGACUUCUGUCGCUGAGAGGACUCUUUUGGGCCCGGUUUGGGAACUAUGUUCUGUGAGAAAGCCACCGAACUCAUCCGGGAGCUCCACCGAGCCAGCGACGGGCAGCUGCCUUCCUACAACGAGGAUGGAAUCAGACAAGUGCUUGAGGAGAUGAAAGCAUUAUAUGAACAGAACCAAAGUGAUGUAAAUGAAGCAAAAUCUGGGCACAGUGAGUUGAUCCCAACAAUCAAAUUUCGUCAUUGCUCUCUGCUGAGAAAUCGACGAUGUGUUCUUGCAUAUCUAUAUGACCGCUUACUUCGCAUCCGGGCACUUAGAUGGGAAUAUGGGAGUGUCUUGCCAAAUGCUGUCAGAUUUCAGAUGUCAGCUGAUGAAGUGCUGUGGUUCAAUCAGUACAAAAAAUCUUUGGCUACCUACAUGAGAUCAUUAGGAGGAGGAGAUGGGCUGGACCUGACACAGGACAUUAAACCCCCAAAAAGCUUGUACAUUGAAGUUCGGUGUUUAAAAGACUAUGGGGAAUUUGAAAUUGAUGAUGGUACUACAAUUCUGCUAAAGAAGAACAGCCAGCAUUUUCUACCACGCUGGAAAUGUGAACAGUUAAUCAGGCAAGGGAUUUUGGAGCAUGUCCUAUCAUAAGCUAGAUGUCCAUGAGACUUGAUGAAAAGUCUGUACAUUAAUAUGUUAACACAUUGUAAAAUAGAUGUAAGUAGCAAAAUGUCAAAUGUCACUAUAAAAUAAAGCCAGAAUAUUUUCACUA